GCCCUCGCAGCACCUUAAAACCAGAGCGGCGCUCUAAGUGAAACACACCACAAAGUGGGAUAUACUGUUUAUGUUUGUUUCUGCAGUACGGCUCGACCCGGACGCUGACAGACGGUAAAUCUCUACGUUAGUGAGGACAGCUCAGAAAGCGGGAUGGAUGCAUGUAAUGGCUCAAAUAUCACAUGCAAAGACAUUCGCCACAUUAGCCCUGAUGAGACCCCCCUCAUCAGCGCCAUCAUGUUUGCUGCAGGCAUCAUUGGCAACGUAGCUGCCCUGGUGAUCCUGGAAAUCCGGCGACGCAGGAACAUGACGACUGGGAGCACGAGCUAUCAUGGCUUGUUCCACAUUCUCAUCAAGUCACUGGUGAUUACGGACCUGACUGGGACCUGUUUGAUAACCCCGUUAGUGCAGGUGUCAUAUGCACGCAACCAAACCUUGGUUGGUAUGUCUACUGGAACUUGGAGCUUUUGUUGGUACUUUGGUGUCAGUAUGACCUUCUUCAGCCUGGCUACCAUGUUGCUCCUCUUCACUACAACACUAGAAAGAUGCUUUGCCAUCACUUACCCGUACCUGUACAACCGGCAUGUCACCAAGAAGUGUGCGUACAUCGCAAUCCUGCUGGUGUUUUUACUGUCUACUUUAUUCUGUCUGCUCCCUUUUGCUGGAUUUGGUGAAUAUGUGCAGUACUGCCCGGGCACAUGGUGCUUCAUUCACAUGAGCCCAGAGACACCAGUCAACCGAGUCUAUGCGAUUCUGUAUGCCACUAUUAUGCUGGUGCUCGUGCUGGCCAUCAUAGUGUUUAACGGAUUUGUGAUGUACCAGCUGUACAGGAUGUACCAGCGUCGGAAGAGAAAUGGCUCAGUGACAGUCGCCAUGAGAUCCAACAGCGAUCGCAAGGUCAUGUCCAUAGCUGAGGAGGUGGAGCACCUGAUCCUGCUGGUCUUCAUGACUGUCAUCUUUAGUAUCUGCACACUGCCCCUAGUGAUCCGAGUGUACCUCACAGGCCAAGAGAAUUACACCUUGGAGGUGAAUGCCCUCCGCUUCAUCUCCAUCAACUCCAUCGUUGACCCCUGGGUCUUCAUCCUUCUCUCCCCCGGUGUGCAGCACUUUUGCUGGGCCUCUGUGUGCCGGUCCCCGCUGGGAGCCUCGAGGGCUUCUGUAUUUAACCCACCGCUGGCUAAAGAGAAAUCUGCCACCUAUCUAGAACAGCCUCAGCCAACACUGUACAUGGAGCAUAUCGACUCUGUAGAAAAUGUGUGACUGCAGCAGUGCUUUGUUGUCACUUGAUAUUUAUUCUUAUUGGACAUGAGAAUCGAAUGUGUGCUCUCCUGUGUGAUCACAUAAGCUGCAGAGGGUUGCCGGGCCACACCAGCGUUUCCACUGGGUAAUGGCCCAUGCUGUCCAACUGAUAAGAACCUCAAAGCAGCUGUGUCAGUUUGGGCCAUCUCUUGUCAAUUUACAGGCAUUUCCACACUUUUCUUGCAUUUCAGCUAAAUGCACACUAACUUCUCUGGAGCAUUUGGCUCCUUUGCUGCUUGCAUUGUCAGUUUAUGAAUCCAGCAGAAAAGGCUGCCGAUGGGAAAGACAGUGUCCCAGGUGUGACAGUGAUGUGACAGAAAAUCCACAAGUGCUUUUAUCCAUAUUAUAAUGAGAUGUUGGGUCAGGUAUUCAUUUAUCACUUGAUUCAAAAACACGUUACUGGGCCAGCGAAUGUGAACAAAGUAGGGGGAAAAACAUAAUGAGGGGGUGAAUAACUUUCACCUGGCAACGUACUGAGUCAGAGCAAAGCCUGGAAUUCAUGUAAAGCUGAGAUCAUUCUGAUAAACUGGGAUCAUGUAAAAGAUCCAGCGGUGGGAUCCGUAUUUAAAUUCAAUGGCUACUAUAGAGAGGGCCAUUUAUAGCUGGAGGAAAGCCACCAGAUGCAUCUUAAUGUCAGGAGUAGAUUUAAGAUUGCAGUAGCACACAGAUUAAGUCUGGGUUACGAAUCUGAGUGCCACACUUUAAACUGGGCUGCCGCAGUCAUGUUGGAGAAGUCAAAGGACAGGAAGCCCGGAGAGACUGACUCAGGAAGAGGGGUGGCCAACCCCGAAAAAAUGAUAUGGUAUUUAUUUUAUAUGUAGAAUGUGUAGCAUACAGGAUACACCAUGUUAUUAACAAAGGUUUUCAUAUGCACCUGUGGUUGCAUUUUGAUUUAAAGCUACUUAUAUUGUUACGUAAAAGUGGAUCAAUGCUCUCAUCAAAUGUGGUUAUUGUAAUGCUUUUGAUGCACUUUAUGAACUUGGAAUACUUUUUAUGUCAAACAUACACGCAUAUGCAUCUUUGUGUACAAUACAAAGAACAAGUAGUCGUCAUUAAUCUUCAUUUUAUAUAUAUGUAUACAAUAAAUAUCUGAAUUAUUGAGCUCUAAGAAUAUAUAUAGCUUAGCAGCUGUAAUCCCAGCUGUAAUCAGCUAGUUUGAGACCCUUUAACACAUCUAAUUGGCAAAUAUGAAAUAUGCCGUACUAUAUAUUGGACUUUAGCCUGGCUAUGUAUGUGCAAGCUGCUUUGCAGCUCACCUCUACCCAGCUCCACCUUCUGUGUUAUAUCAGACAUGGUAUCAUAUUUGUUGUAAUUUUGCCUGAUGUGUCCCAUCUGGGGUCUUGCUGCGGCUUUCCAUAUACAGUUGUGGCCAGAAGUUAACAGACAGUCAUCAUGAACUUGAAUGUCAUGGUUUUUGGGGGCUUUUAAUUGCACAGCACACAUCUUUAAUGACUAAACAAGCACUGGAUGCACAAGUUUGGAUUUAUUUUGGAUUUUCUCAAAUCCACACAGGGUCAAAACUAAAAGUAAAGGCUCAAAUAUAUAUAAAUAUUCUCACAUCUUUUAAUAAGUAGUGCUGAAGAUUUUGCAAUGUCUUUUAACUUGACAAGGCUUAUUAACUUCUCAUUUGUGAUGAUUGACUGCAACUGGUAGUUUCUAUUUAAGAGGAGAAAAAGACUCAUUGAUUCAUUGGUUGACCAAUACUCAGUACAAUGGGAAAGUCCCAGGAAUUCAGUAAAGAUCUAAGGAGAAUUGUAGGGCUACACAAGUUGGGAAGGUCUCUUAGAACCAUUUUUAAACAUCUGCAGAUUCAAAGAUCACUUCUAACAAUUGUUCAUCAGUACAAGUUAUUCAGAUGUGUCACCACUUAGCAUGGUCUAGAAGAAAACCCCCAAACUGUUACCCUGAGAUGAGUGGAAAUUAUUUAGGAUGUUCAGGAACCACCGAGGCUCAAGCCUGCCAUGAACUGGAAGUUCACCAGCAUCGCAGUUCACAGUGACAUGAUUUUUACAUCACCAUGGACUGAGAGGGUGCCGACCACAAAAGACGUUCUCCAAAAAGGACAAUUUCACGCUUGACUGAAAUUUACAGCUGCCCACAUGGACAAACCGGAGAAAGGUUUUAACCAUUUUACUCCAAAUGCAUCGGCCGUGGCACAACAUACUUCAAAAGUGCUGCCGUUUGUGGACUUCUGGCAACAAAUACUGUAAUCCCCCUAUGUGGCUGUGACGUGCAAUUUCUGGGCUUUCAGGAACCGUUUGCAUUUUUUCUAUAGGACAAGCGGUUGUGGAGUUACGGUAAAAAGCCAGCUGAUCAAUGGUCCUUUCAUCGGCCGACUCCGUGCUGAUAAGCCAUGUCUCAAUCAGCUGUUCGCUGCUAUUGAGGGCAAGUAAUGGGCGCUUUGGCGGCGAUCGCCUGGCAUUAAAGGGUUAAAGACAGAUGAGAUGGACUGAACUGUUUGGCCACAAUGACAAGAGUUCUGUUUGGAGGAGUAAAGAUGAGCAUUUCAAACCUAAGAACACUGUGCCAACUAUCAAGCAUGGUGGUAGCAUCAUGCUCUGGGGCUGUUUCGCUGCCUGUGACGCUGGUUCAUUGCACAAAAUGGAUGGAAUAAUAAAGGCGGAUGGAUACCUCCGAAUUCUUCAACUCAAAUCAACAUCUAGACAGUUGGAACUUGGACUCAGUUGAGGUUUCCAGCAGGACAAUGAUCCCAAACACACAUGAAAACUGGUUUUGGGAUGGAUAAAGCAGGCUAACAUUAAGCUUCUGGAGUGGCCUCCUGAAUGCCUCGACCAGGAAACCAAUUUAAAUGAACUCUACCAAUUCUGCCCAGAGUGGUCAAAUAUACAGACACAGUUAUGUUAGAAGCUUGUUGCUGGACACUAGAAGCAUCUGGUUGAGCUUCAACUUGCUAAGGAACAUUUAACCAAAUAUAAGUGGGGGUGUGUGUAUGCUUUAAACCCUGUGUGGAUUAGAGGAAACCCAAAAUAAAUUCAGACUCAUGUACCCAGUUCUUGUUUUUUGAAGUCAUUUAAAGAUGUACGCUCAACAAUCAUUCCACGCUGGAGAAAGAACAGUUCAAAGAAAUGAUUAAAAGCCCCAAAUUACCAUGACAUUCAUGUCCAUGUGCUUUCCUCACCUUUUGUGUUCGGUGUGCAGGGCUGCCCCUGAACUGAGCCAUUCUGCCAGAUGUAUAUUAUUGCAGAUGGAAAUGUCAAUUUUCUUUUGACUAUAAUGAUCCUGACUGAAAUAUUGUUUGAAAAUUGCCUGUAACUUAAGGAACUGUAUAUGUAGCUUGCAUCAUAAAAAUUAAACUAUAAAAAAAAAAAAAAAAAAAAAAAUGUCCUACAAUUUCCUGCAGUGACAUUAUGGUUGAAAAUUUGAAUUUCUUAGCAUUUCAAUGAGUGCUAUGUAAGGGGUUAAAGUGUCCCAUGAUUUAUUACACUCACCUUGAAGGUAUUUGGAAAAACUGAAAAGACUUACAUAAAGAGUAAAAUGCCAUUUGAACCACAUUACUUUCACAAGGGACCAUCAUGAAAUAAAUCUUUAAAUAGUCGCUAAAGCAAAGAUCUGCAAUGCAUGUUUGCCUUGAGGUUCUCAAAAAGGUUACACUGCAUUAGUCAUAGUGUGGUUAGCUUUCACAGGUCAUGUGCUUUAGUGAUCAGCCACCCACUGUUACACAACAGUGACGUCACUUUUAACUGAGCAGCUGAAAUCAGAUGACUACUGGGUUUCCUGGAAAAAGUAGGUAGUUUUCUCCACUAUGUUUUUGCCGUUUUUCUAAGGGUAAAACGUUACACUUGGUUAAAUUACACAACACCUAGGGGAGUUUUUACUGCAUCCCUGUCUUUCAAAGGAGUCAAUAUGAAACAAGGAUCAAGGAUCUGGGAAGAAACUAAAGCUACUGCAAACAUCUGCGUGCUCUCCAGCCGUUAACCUUUCAAAAACACUCACUGGCACGACUGGGUUUAUUAACGGAAACAGUUUGUUCCUCAUGUGAGUAAAAUGUAAGAAAAUGUUCCUAAGAAUGUGUGACAAGUAGGGGGCAGGAGAUUCAGUAAGAAUUACAUAAAUUUGAAAGUGUCAGUGUGGGAAAGGAGAGGCGCUUUGGCUGUUGUGUUGUGAGAACUGCAGUUUAUUGCCUCUGCUAAUCUGUUACUGAUUCUGAGCUCAGGCUCUAAACUUUCAGUGUUUACAACAGAGACUUAAUGCUUCCUGUCAGGGUAUGUGUGCUUUCUGUGUGUGCCAAUGUUAUUGUGGUCUGUUGUUUUUGAGAAGAGGUGUGUGUGUGUGCGAGCAUGUGUGUGUGUGUGUGUGUGUGUGUGUGUGUGUAUAGCCUGUGCGUCCAUGAUCCUAUUAUGUGUACCAGCUUUUGUGUGUGACAGACAGCAAAUGUAAUGUCAGAUUAGAAUGCUACCUAACUGGAUGUCUGUAAUUUUGUACUGUAAAUCAGACUGAAUGCACUGAGCACAUAACUGUGUAUGUAUGUGUUUUAUGGCUUGUGUAAAUAAACAUCUCAUCUACCAAA